GGCGUUCUGCGGUGACCACAGCCCCAGGCAGAAGGUGGAGGCAGUCCCCGAGAAGGGGACCUGCUGCAUCAUCUGCCAGGAGGCACUAGAUGACGACCACCCGUCCUUCUGCACCCUGGUGUGCCCGACGUGCCAGCACGCCUGGUUCCACCGGCGCUGCGUCCAGCGGCAGGCCAUGUGUGCUGGCAGGUGUUUCCAGUGCCCGCUCUGCCUGGACAGGCAGGCAUUCAAGCGGGAGAUGCUCCGCAUGGGCAUCCACGUCCCCAACUGGCCCUGGCAACUCCUCCUCUGCUGCUCCUGUGCUGCAGAAGGCACUCACCGAGGGUGCUCCCACCUGGGCACCAGCGCCCAGAGCUGGGAGUGCGAGGGCUGUGCUGGUCCGGGCGCCG